AUGCCCAAAGAUUUGGAGAGAUUGAAACAAUGGAUUGAGGCUUGUAAAAGAACUGACCUGGAAAAUUUGAUGAAAAUUAAGGAUAGUGAUUAUUUUUACAACAAUUAUGUGGUUUGUUCAGAUCAUUUUGAUGUAGAAUGUUUUCGAAAUAAAGAUUUAUAUAGCCAGGGGUUAAUGCCAGGUUCAGUACCAACCCUGAAGUUGUAUAAUAAGAAAAAUACAAUGAAGAGAAUAUGUCCACGUGAAAUAAACUUAGACUGUCCAAUAAGUUCUAAACAGAUCAAAUUGAACUCGGCAGAUCCAAUAAUGGAGACCCAAGAGCAACAUGAAAACAUAAUACCUAAUGUUGCAAAUUUGCAGAGAGAAAUACUGUGUGUAAAAAUAAGCAAUCAAAGGGUCAGGUCCAACUUUUUGACGUAA